ACUGUUUUGUUGAAAGUCGGGCUGGUAACACCCUUCUUUUCGACGAAGCGCUUAACAAAAAAGAAAAUACGGGCCCAUACGGCUGAUGCGUAUAUUAUUAAAGCUGCUCUUCAGAGUUAACAAAAUGGGCACAACAUGCGGCACAACAUGCGGCACCACAACGCACACUUGGCCAGAUGCUGGCCAGCUGCCCUGCCUCAGUUAUUUUGCCACGCAGCAAUUGGAAAUGUGCAAGGAGAUAAAGAAACCGAGCACAAAGGGCGAUGACGUUGACUUUGGCAAGUUUCUGACGGCUUCCGAAAAAUUCCCAAUUGAGUUUGGCACCAGUAGCUGCCGGGUGAAAUCGCAACCUGUGGAGCGCAGGCAAAUGAUACGGAAGCAGAUUGCAUCCGCCUAUCCGAUCAUACACGAACUGACCCUCCUGCUCUACAUGAACUUUCUGGAGCAUAAGCAAAAGUAUGGAACUGCCCAAGAGUUGAGUGUCUUUGGAAACAUUUCGAUAACUGAAUUCGUGCAGCGUUUGCUCAGCAAGCGUUGCGUCUACUUCUUCGACGCGUCAGACUCAUACCUUCUGUUAGAUGGAAGCAGGGGCCAUGGUGGUUUCGAGCAAAUUGGCAGCAGCAGCGAGCGUGCUCCACUUUUGUUGAGGAACGUGCUCAGCUAUGAUGAAAUCAAGCUGUCGGCUCUUUUGUAUGUGUCCACGCACUCGGAGUUCAUCAACGAUGGCUCGCGCUUCAAUAACGGAAGAGUGGAAGAGUCCAAGUCCAAGAUUGAGAUUGAAGGUGUCAUCAUGGGUCUCAUUGGUGCCCGUUUCGAGCGUAGCAAUGUCAUGGAGUGGGAGGAUAUAAUGAUAACGCCCGAACAAAAUAAAGCAAGUCGGGGCUACGGAGCCAGUGACAAUGAAAGCAAGGGACGUCUGCAGGAUUACCGUCGCAUAUGGCGUGACUUCUAUAUGGAGCCCAUGGAUUUUUGCUUUGAUGACGACGUCGUCGCAUCGGAUAAUAAGCGCUUCAUUAAUCUGGGCAGAAACACGUACUUUGACAAGGUGGUCAUGGGCAAGCGCUUUGCCAUCAGCUUCGACACUCUGUUAGUGGAGGCGGAGGCGCGUGCCGUGAAAGCCGGCAAGCCGGCGUAUGUCCACGUCGUCGGCAUUGGAUUGGGCGUGUGGAAGGCGGCCCCGCAGCAGGAGGAGAUCUUUUUGGAGACCUUCGAGCAGCGAUUGCGUGCGCUCAGCGAGCGUCUGACACACAUUGGCGUCGUGCAUUUCUCGUGGUUCCAUCUGGACAAAUGGGGUGGCUUGUACGAUGGCGCAAGCAUUGCAGAGCCCAAGCAUCCGUUGGGUGGCAUUAAGGUGCGUAUCGCUGUACGCAAUCCGGCCGACAAGCUCGCGGAGAACAUGCUGCCCAUUGUCACAUACGCCUGGGAUGGCAACGCACUGCCAGGCAACGAGUUUUGGGCGAAAAGUCUCAGCGGCAGUGGCGAUCCAGCAGCUGCCUGCUCCACGCUAAUCUCCGAACUCCAAAAUGCACACAUCAACAAGGAUUACAUGUGCGGCAACAAUCUGCACAUUGCGACACUUGAACACGGCGUUCUCCAUAUUGCCGACUAUGCUGAGAAAUUGCUCGCUUAGAUGCAAUUAUUAAGACUGAAAUCUCAAUGCGCAAAGCGCAGAACAUGUGGAACAUUUGGCAUUUAUUACUUGGUUAUUUGAUAUGUAUCUUUAUCAUAUUAUAAAUAACGCGUUAAGGAAAUCUUUUCUUAACAUAACUUACUUAAAUGAUACUCAAUGGAUAAUUCAAAAUUACUGAAACAAGAGGAGCAGUGCGAGUUUCUCUACAAACAUUUGUAUGUAAAGGGAUUUAUCUCUGCAUGGAAAAUAUUAAUAUUUUGUCUUUUUAUACAAUUGACUUGUAGCAACUAGCAAUAUGCUAAGGAGACUUCAAAUAAUAAAGCGUUCCGUUAGCUGUCACUUUGAA